UUCCGGCGGAGCGCGGUCCCGCCGCCAUCCGAGCAUGGACGACCCGGACCGCGACUCCACCUGGGAGGACGAGGAGGAGGAGGAGGAGGACGGCGGGGGCCCGAGCGCCGGGGAGGACGAUGGCGAGGCCGGCGCCCCGGGAGAUGCGGAGGACGAGGACGGGGACGAGGACGAGGAGGCGCGGCCCCGCGCGCUGCAGUCUAGGAUGACGGGGUCCCUAAACUGGAGAGCCAUGCAGGACACACGCAGGUACCGGCACCACUACCCGGAUUUGAUGGAAGGGGACAGCAACGGUGACAUGCCAAACCUGAGUUUCUACAGAAAUGAGAUCCAGUUCCUGCCCAAUGGCUGUUUCAUUGAGGAUAUUCUUCAGAAGUGGAGGGACGACUACGACCUCCUGGAGGACAACCAUUCCUACAUCCAGUGGCUCUUUCCUCUGCGGGAGCCAGGGGUGAACUGGUACGCCAAGCCCCUCACGCAGCGGGAGAUCAAGGCCUUUAAAAGCACCAAGGAAGCUGGGGAGCGGUUUGUCCAGGCCUACGAGCUCAUGCUGGGGUUCUACGGAAUCGAGCUCGAGGACCGGGACACAGGCAAGGUGCGCCGAGCGCAGAGCUACCAGAAGCGCUUCCAGAAUCUCAACUGGCACAGCCACAACAACCUCCGCAUCACGCGCAUCCUCAAGUCGCUGGGCGAGCUGGGCCUGGAGCGCUACCAGGCGCCGCUGGUGCGCUUCUUCCUGGAGGAGACGCUGGUGCGCGGCGAGCUGCCGGGCGUGCGGCAGAGCGCCCUGGACUACUUCGUGUUCACCGUGCGCUGCCCGCGCCAGCGCCGCGCGCUGCUGCGCUUCGCCUGGGAGCACUUCCGGCCGCGCCGCCAGUUCGUCUGGGCGCCCCACGACAAGCUGCGGAGGCUCAGGCUGCACUCCCCACCUCGCCCGCCCUUGCCUGCGGGCCCCGAGCAGGCCGAGGGGGAGGCGAGCCCCGUGGACGCCCCCCUCAAGGAGGGCGCACAGGGGCGGACCUGCGGACCGGGCGAGGGCGGGGAUAGUGUGGCCGCGGGGCCCCAGCAGCCGCGCACUGAGCCCCAGGAGGAGGGAGCCCCGGAGAGGGACCUGGGAGAGGAGGCCGGGAGCCAGGGGGAGGAGGGGCCGGAGCCCGCGAGCCCCAAGGAGAGCAAGAAGAGGAAGUUGGAGCUGAACCGGCGGGAGCAGGCCCCAGGGGAGCUGGGCCCCCAGAGCGCCUCGGAGGUGGAGAAGAUCGCCCUGAACCUGGAGGGCUGCGCCCUCAGCCAGGGCAGCCUCGGGGCAGGGACCCAGGAAAUGGGCAGCCAGGAACCCGGGGAGACCGAGCAGCCCUGUCCCCCGCCCCCACGGGCCAAGGUGGCUGACGAAGUGAGGAAACGAAGGAAAGUGGAUCAGACGCCGGCCCCCACCUGGCCCCCUGGCCCCUCGGGGCGUCCUGAGGCCGGGGUGGGCGAGAAUGAGGUGGAGGAGGAGGCAGAAGGCCAGGGGGUGCUGGAGCAGGGGGCCCCCAGGAGCCCGGCCCCCGCCGAACCUGCGUUGGACGCGGGGGCGGGGGCGGGGCUGGCUGCCAAGCCCCCAACGCCUUAGGCUGUGGGACCAGCGGGCGCAUUGCCAGCUGUCCCAGCGCCCAGCAGUGCUGGCCUCGCCGGGUCACUGCGGCGUGCCCAGGCCCCAGGGAAGGCCAAGGACUUCAGAGCCCUUACCUCGGCCUCACCGGCUGCCUCCCUCUGUGCCGCUGACCCUUCUUUGUAAAUGGGCCCUGAGGGCCUGGCAGGGCGUGGGGCUCACUUUCUUAGUCUAGUGCCCAGGCCUUUUCUGAAUAAAUACACUUGAUUUCGAGUGUUUUGGUGUGGAUAGCGGUCCUGUGGGUGGCAAGGUGGAUUGGCCUGGUUCCGUGGGCCAUGCUGCUCUCUGGACUCUGGCCGCCUGCCCUGCCCACUGCACCCUGGUCACAGGGCAUGCGGCUGGCUUUGUUCCGUGGCUGCAUUUGUUACCCGUUCAGAGGAAGGCUGGGCACAGGCGGCGCCGCCAGCGGGGGGCAGUGUUCAGAAUGCCCAGGUCUAGCCACUCCUUCGCCUGCCGGGAUUCUGAGUGCAGUGAUGUGCUUUGGAAGCAAACUAACGCAGCUGUGUUCUCUGUGGCUUUGUCCCUGCCCUGCCAGCCACGGCCCCCUGCUGACCCUCCACUCCAAGGCACAGCCUCCCAGGACGCCCUUGGCUCCUCCAACCUGGCACGGGCACAGUGCAUCCCCUGCUAUAGCAGGCCCUCGCCCCGGGACACGGGGAGCUCCCAGCCUGGCUUCAUCCCCUGAGCCAGGAGCCCUCCCUUCCUGACACUGGCAUGGGGGGACUUGGCAGAGGGCCACACACACUUGCCUUUGCACAAAUGAAGUGAUGAGCUCACUGCUCUCCUGAGGAAGGAGGGAGCUGCGGAGGGCGAUCCUCCUCCUUUCCAUGAGAAGCAUUGACAAUUUGCUCUAGUCCCGGGGAGGGCAGGAGGGGCGGGGGGAGACUCGGAUGUGACAGACAAAUUGGAAGUCAUUUUGGAGGGAGAGACCCUGCCUGAACUCUCCAGCACCCACAUGGGGGAGGGGCAUGUCCUUAUCCUCUGUUUGCACCGCAGAGGCACUGAGUGCUGAUGUGGGUGUGGGACGUCAAACACUGAGUCAGGGACUCCAGUGGUCGGGGUCCAGGGUGAGAGCCUGUGGGGUUCAAGUUCAGAUAGAGAAGCUUGAUGCCAGAAGGAAACUCCACUGGAGUCGCCCUGGGGUCUGUGCCCAGCAGUGGGGAACUAGGGACAGCCAGGCAGCUCCAGUACACUGACCCCUAUCCCCCAGGCCCAGGCCACUGCAGCUGUUUGGGCUUGGCCGCAGGGGCCGCUCUGGGGAGUGGGAAGGGGGGCGGGCGUUUCCCAUCAGCAGGAUGGAAGGGUUUGCUAGGAGUUGGGGCUGGCGUGCUGCGGGCAGUGGAGCAGGAUGCCAGGUACCAGGUGGCUCCUGAAGGAGCUGGAGGCCAGCUGGGCUUCCUUGGGAGUUGAGGGGCAGCUGGGAGGGACUGAGGCUGGAGCUGGGGGGAACCGAUCUUGCUCCCCAGACUCCGGGCUUGGGGUGGCGGUGGAGGGCUUCCCCAGCCCGCUGCUCUCUGUAAGACCCAGGUGGCUCCGGUUCUGCUGGAGGGCAGGAGCUCAGCCUGCGGCCCAGCCUGAACGGGUUUUUGGUAGCCAGGUGCUUCCCUGAGGCUCCCUUUCAUGGUUCAUCCCUCGCCUCUCAUUUGAAUUCAUUUCGUCUCAGACGUCCUGCGUUCCCACCUGGCUGGUGUGGCUCAGUGGUUGAGCAUCGAACUCUAAACCAGGAGAUCAUGGUUCAAUUCCUGGUCAGGGCCGAUUGAUCCCUAGUGUGGGGCAUGCAGGAUGCAGUCGAUCAAUGAUUCUCUCUCUCAUUGAUGUUUCUCUCUCUCCCUCUCCCUUCCUCUCUGAAAUCAAUAAAAUCUCAUAUUUAAAAAAUAUAUUUUUAAAAAGUCCUGCAUUCCCACAUGUGGGAAUGAAGCUGACACGUGUGCCAUGACCUCUCAAUG